AUGGCAGACGUGAGCGCCACCGCCGCGAGAAGAAUCCGCAGCCGCCACUGCCACGGUGGUGAUGGUGUGGUAGUAGACACAAUCAGCGGUCUACCUGAUGUGAUUCUCCAACAUAUCCUCACCUUUAUUCCAACCAAAUACGCCAUCACAACGUCGCUCUUGUCAAAACGAUGGAGGCAUGUAUGGUGUGACACACCAUCCCUCUCCUUCAAGACCUCUUCUACCCUCAACGCUGCUUGCAUCAACCAAACCCUGACUCUGUACACAGCUCCCAAGAUGAUGCAUUUUCUCCUCGAUAUCAACGAGAACGACGAUGUUCCCCAUAUCGACACGUGGAUCGAGUUUGCCAUGAUGUCCCGGAACGUGGAGAAUAUGUUCUUGUUUCUCUGGGUUGACAAGUAUAGUUUUCCUAAGUUCUUCUACGUUAGCUCCUCUCUCAAGCAACUCACCUUGAAGCACUGUGAUACGUCUCCCAAAUGCUCAGUGUCUUGGACAUCACUCAAGAACCUGUCCUUGCUUACAUGUAGUGUCUCUGAUGAAUCUAUGGCUAAGAUUCUAUCUGGUUGUCCCGUUCUCGAGAGCUUAACAUUGAAUCGCUGCGAUGAACUAAGUUAUCUUGAUCUUAGCAGAUCUCUACGACUGAGAACAUUAGUAGUAGAGCGCAGCAGUUCGGCUACGGGGCCAAAAGAUAUCGAGGCACCACAUAUACAUUAUCUCUAUUUGAGAUACUCUCAGUUCCCAUGUAGUUUAGCUGAUGUCUCGUCUUUAACCGAAGCUAAUGUCGACAUUUGCACGAAUGAGCUAUCCUACAAUGCUCGUUUGCUUCAACCCGCGGUGAUGGAUAUGCUAGAAAAGCUACAGCAUGUUGAGAAACUUACUUUUGGAGGAAACCUUCUUCAGGUUUUAUCUGUUGCCCAGCUUCGUGGUGUUCCUUUUCCAAUGUUCAAGGUCAAAGCAUUGACACUUAAGACAAGGAUCUUUCAUUAUAUUAUUCCUGGCAUAAGAAGGGUGUUACAAAACUCAGAUGAUUUAAAGAAGCUAACAGUACACACAAUCCAUUGCGACAUCAAACUGGCAAAGCUUCUUGACCACUACUUGACAUCGCAAGCCUUCAAUAAGUCGCAGCUGUGUCCGAGAUUAAAAGAUGCGGUCCAUUGGGAUGUAAAGUCAAAGCACCUGCCUUUGUUCGUGGAACUUGUGCUUAAAAACACAAAGACAUUAGACAAGAUGUUCUUAGUAUUGGACCAUCGUUACCGUAUGUUUAGAAAGAUUAUUGGAACACUUUCUCGCAACGACAAAGUCUCCAUUAGUCUUGACUCUUAUUGAUUAUUGUUACGUUGAACCUCGUUU